ACUUACAUAUGUAGGUAAGAAUCUCUUAGAAUACAUAUGUAUUUAAAAAAUUGUUCUUAAUUCAAAAGAAAAAAUUUUACAUAUCCAACUGUUCGAAUUCGCCCUGAGACCGUAACAAUUUGUCCAUGUAUCAUAAUAAUUAAAACCCUUUUUAUUUCAAUCAAUUUUGUAGCAAUGGAUUAUAAAAUUGAUCUCUUUGAAAAACUAAAGUUAUUUAUUUUAUAGAGAUAUCCCAAAUACCCUUAAUUCCUUGUAGUGUGACCACCCACAGCCCGAAAUAAACGAAUAAUCGGGUAUCGAUAAGCAAGUAGUCACAAGCAGCUGGUUCAAAACUGUCAUUUGAACCUGUCCUGUACUUAACACAACGACGUAGUUUCCACUCUCCUGAGUCGAGAACAGAUUUGUAGAAGUCCAACACCUAGUUAAUAGUCUGGGAGCGGGUCCACCAUGUCGAAUACUUCAGUUCGCCCGAUUCCCACGCUGAAGGGCAUGUUUUCGGUGCCGCGCGUCACACAGUCCCGAAACUUCCUCAAGGAAAACAAGGUAAGCCUACGCUCGCUGGAGAAGUCUACCACCCAGAAGUUAGCCGCUAAGGAGCCUAUUCGUCCAAAAUGGAUGCCUCCACUUCGACGCACGUCAUCUGAGGUGAGGGAGUCGAAAACUGAAAAACCCCCGGUCAGGGGAAAACUUGGGCAACAAAAUUCUCAAAAUGCCCGCAGCAACUCCCGUUCACAACACCAACUGGCCGUGGCCAUUCCAGCGGAUGGAGAACGCUUCGAUGGCCUGGAGGAGCGCAAUCCCAUCUUAUAUGAUCCGACGGAUGAGUUGGAGGGCGAUAACAUUUUAGAGCCUUCAUCGGACCCAAUGUCAGAUCGCUGCCAAUCCUGCGGCACCAAUCGCAGCUCCACAAGCAUCGGCAUUCAGACAGAGGACAUUACUGACGAGCUGUACCUCACUAAUGCACUUAAAAAAUGCAAUGUCGAUAGUAGGUCUAUAAUGGAGGAUCCGGGCCUUAAGUACGAAAUCAACUACAGGCCAGAACGCUAUGAUAAUGAGGAGGAUUUGGAACAGCUGCCGCUCUCAGCGCGCUCGAACACCUCGAAGCAUAGCCGCUUCCAAGUGCCCGAGCUAGAGGCAAUACCUAUGACCGAGGCUGAGCCUUUAAACUACGGUGCCUGUGCCUCAGACGAUGAGGCCCCACUAAGUGCCCGUAGUCGCUUCACAACAGCAUCCAAUGUAACCACCAUUACUUCUAAAUCAAAGCGUCGUGACCACGAACUGGGUUCUCGAGAUAAUGUGCGUCUACCGCGUUACCUGGAGAAACAAAAGCGCGAAAAGGCCGUUGCCAAGCAACUUGCGGAUUCCCAGGAUCCCGACUGUCCACGUGGCCAUGUAUUGCUCAGCGAUCAGGAUCGACUGACUCACCUCACCAAUGCCAAGAAACGCUUUGGACAACUCGUCGAUGAGCUUAAUCACAUGCCCAUGACCAAAGAGACUUUACGAGUGCGCAACCGCAAAGCGGAGAUUGAUAGGGAGUUGACCACUGUGGAGGAGGACAUUCGCAUAUACUCAAAGGCAAAGGUCUUCGUGCUGGCCAACAAGUCACGCCAACUAUAAGGCACCUAAAAUCAUGAAGCAUUCCAUCGACUGACUAAGCCACUAGGAACUAAGAUUUCCAAAACACGAGUGUUCCCUACAAACUAUGCCUUACGUUAAUUAUAUAUUUUUGAGCUGAGCUUUGGUUCGCAGGCAGUCUUAAAAAUAUUCCGUCCAGCCUAACUAGCGUUCCAAUCAGCCAGCAACUAGAGUUACAUAUUAAAAGAAGCACAUCCUACUUA